CCUCGAAUUUCAAAAUUAAAAAUUAAAAUUUAUAUUUUUUUUGUUCUGUGAACCGAAGUGAAAUACGCACAUAUUUUGAAUAAUUGUGAAACUUUUAUUUAAAUUUGGUGUACCUAUUCGAAUUUCGUGUUGUUUUUGGAAAUUUCAAAUUUCAUUUCUGGGCGGAACUGGAUUUGCCAAAAUGCAUCACCAAAGAAGUCGGACUCACAUCAUCUGUUCACUGGCGUUAGGUCUUAUUGUAUUUAGUAUGCCGACCGGAUUAAACUCUCAAACAGCAGAAAUAAACUCAGAAUUUGAAAAAAGUAGUCCACCAAAAGAAUAUAUAAAAAUUUCAGAUGCUCAUUCAGUAUUACCAGUACCAGCCCCAAUUAAAAACGAAACAAAACAAAACGAAAACUCGAGGCUUGAUAACGUCACGGUCGAUGACGUCAAAAUCGUCAGUAAGAACGGAACGAGACCUGAAAGUGCAUCUACAGUUAUAAUGACUGUUAAAAAUAACACCAAUGUUAUAGUACAUGAGAAAAUUGAUGAAGGUAUAUUAAGUCAUGCAGUAGAAUAUUUAGACGAUGCAAUUCAACAAUUAAAUAACAAUGAGUUAAAGAUAAUACCAAGGAAGGUCACAGGGAAAGUACAGAAGAAAUCACAGCAUGAUGAAUACAAAGGAGAACUAACAAAUGGUGCGCACCCAUGUCUACGAGAAUGUAAAGAAGGAGAAGAACGAAUGAUAUGCUACUAUCAUUUCAGUAUAGAGUGGUAUCAGACUAUGAGCAAGGCGUGUUAUAAUUGUCCUUACAAUGAAAGUGAUUGUUCUAGAAAGGAUUGUAUUCCAGCUGAUGGCAUGAACAGGCCAUUAAAUGUUAUUAACAGGAAGAUGCCUGGACCUAGUAUAGAGGUGUGCCAACAUGAUAGAGUAAUAGUGGACGUAGAGAACGACCUGAUGACAGAAGGAACCACAAUCCACUGGCACGGACAGCAUCAAAAGGGGACACCAUUCAUGGACGGAACGCCUUAUGUUACGCAGUGUCCUAUCCUACCAGAAACCACUUUUAGGUACCAAUUCAACGCCACCAUCGCCGGCACUCACUUCUGGCAUUCGCACUCUGGUAUGCAGCGUGCUGACGGUGUUGCUGGAGCCAUGAUCGUCAGGAUACCUAAAUCCCAGGAACCUCAUGGCAAACUUUAUGAUUAUGACAGACCGGACCACGUAAUGAUAUUAACCGAUUGGAUCCAUGAGCUGUCGACAGGCAUGUUCACCGACCAUCACCACUCGUCUGGCGACAACAAACCGCCCACGCUGCUCGUCAACGGGGUCGGAAGAUUCAAGAUAAACAAUAACACAGCAACGCCUUUUUAUAUGAAAUCUGCUAGAUUUAAUGUUGAAAAGGACUACAAAUAUCGUUUUCGAGUGAUCAACGCUGAGUUCCUCAACUGCCCCAUUGAGUUGUCGUUCGACAAACAUAAUAUUACUGUUAUUAACUCAGACGGCCACGACAUAGAGCCUAUAACUGCGACAUCGUUGGUAACAUACGCUGGAGAACGAUAUGACUUCAUUUUGGAAGCAAAUAAUGAAAUAGAAAAUUAUUGGAUUCGGUUCAGAGGGCUCAUGGAUUGUGAUGAAAGGUUCACAAAAGCAAAACAAGUAGCAGUACUGCAUUACGAAGGAGCAAUGGAGACGGAGCCCCCAGGAGAUCCCACUUGGGAAGAACUACAUCUUGAAGGAUUGCAAUUGAACGCCCUAAACAAAGGUGAAGAAGAAAAUGACACAAUCUGCGUGGCUGAAAUGAAAUCCCUCGCCGGAUACGAUGACAGUCUAAAAAAAGAUGCAGAUUACCAGUUUUAUGUCGCCUACGAUUUUUACCCUAAGAACAACUCACAUUAUCACAAAUCGCCUUAUUAUUCAUUUUAUCAAAUUCAGAGACCUUUGGAUCGCGUCUACACUCCUCAACUGAACCACAUCAGCAUGAAGUUACCAUCGAGCCCCUUAUUGUUAGCUAGACCAUCCGCCGACAAUUUCUGCAACACCACCAACAUAGAUGACGUUUGUAAAGAACUUACGGGCUAUUGCGAAUGCUCACACGUUUUAUCAGUCAAAUUGAAUUCUGUCGUUGAAGUUAUUAUUGUAGAUGAAGGAGUUACAUUCGACGCGAAUCACCCAUUUCAUCUACACGGUCAUAACUUCAGAGUUGUUGGUAUGAGAAGACUAAAUGCCUCAACGACGAUAGAACAAGUCAAGGCGUUUGAUAAAGCCGGAUUACUGAAAAGAAACCUUAAAAACGCUCCUAUAAAAGACACGGUGACUGUACCCGAUGGUGGAUAUACAGUAAUUAGAUUCAAAGCUGACAAUCCAGGUUACUGGCUCUUCCAUUGUCACAUAGAGUUUCACGUUGAAGUUGGUAUGGCUUUAGUUUUUAAAGUAGGUGAACACAAUGAGAUGCCGCCAUUGCCUAGAGAAUUUCCCACUUGUGGUAGCUAUCUGCCCGACGAUAAUUUAGAGCAUCACACUACGGAAAAACCAAAUAAUGAUACCCAAAUAGUUUCUAUAACGCACUGGUGGCCUAUUAUAGUUGUAAAUAGUACAACAUCGACAGCGACUGUUAGCAUUUUGUCUAGAUUGAUAAUUCUUUGUAGUAUUUGGUUACUAAAGUUUGCUAUCGGGCCGUAGUCUAAAAAUGUAUUAGGUGUAAAUUUAGUGUACAUUUCCAAAACAUGCUGCAAAAAUUAAGUUCCUAUGUACCACUUCGGUGACAUUCGCUUGUACAACUAAGAGCGGUUACACACGGCAUCUUUUAGCAGCGAUUCAAACGCGAUGCAAUCGCGAUGCAGUCGCUAAUUGUCUACCUUUACACACACGCGCGACUUUAAGCAGCGAUGCAA